UGAGGACUAGGAAAGAGACGAAUAUAAUUCGACACGAUGUUCUGUCGAUGCGUGCGGCUUGCUUUAAAUGCAAAAAGUUCACUUGUUACGAAAAACUUAAAUGUUGUACAGAUAUUGAGGACUGAUGGGUAUAAGAGUAAAUUGAAUCCAGAAAAUCUGUAUCGUAACGCCAAGAUCAGCUCAGCCUUUGAAGUAAAAACGAUAAAGCACAGCUAUACAAAUGAUGGCCAACAGGAAGAACCAUUUUCAGGAUUUAUUCCAACAGAUAAAAUAGACUUUACCUACACCAGAAGUAGCGGAGCUGGUGGCCAGAAUGUAAAUAAAGUAAGCUCAAAGGUUAAUGCAAAGUUCCAUCUUGAAUCUGCAACGUGGAUACCUGAUUGGAUCAAAGAAAAAGUUCAGGAGCAGCAAAAACAUCAUAUAGAUAAGGAAGGGUAUUUACGGAUAUCCUCAGAGAAAACACGUAAACAGAUAAUGAACAAAGCAGAUUGCUUGGAUCAAAUACGCAGUAUGAUCUUCAAAAGUACAGUCAAACCAAAGGAGCAUUCACCAGAGGAUUUAGCUCGCAUUGCCAAGGGGAAAGUAAAGUUCCAGAAAGAAGUGCUAAGAAAGAAGAGAAUGCAUGCCGAUAAAAAAAGAUUCCGAUAUGCUCCCUAACACAGGUUUUUUUAUAACGAAUUUCACAAUUUUAUGUACAUUGUUUUAUUUGAAUAUAUACGUAACCUUUAAAA